UCGAGAUCAAAACGAGGAUACGCUAAAAGGACAAGUAAAUAAUCUAAAACAAUGAGUACCUUGAAUGAUGAAUCUAAUAAAGAAUAUGUUGUAUCAAUGUUUCCUAAGGAUUUUUUCCAAAGGACAGCUCGAGAUCAAAACGAGGAUACGGUAAAAACUCAUGGUAAACAAAAUCCCGAAAAAAAUUCAAUAAAAAACAAGCGCGCUGCAUUAAAGAGCUUCACAAAUAACUCAGGAAUGAUGGCCUUAACCAGUAUAAUAAAUCUUGAAAAGAUUGCUAAACAGGAAAUCAUGUUAAAAAAAAGUGAACGAAUAUUAAAAGAUAUGGCGCAGACGCAUGAUAAACAAAAGACUGCGAAAAGCUCAAUAAAAACUGAAAAAAUCGAAAAUAAAGUAAAAAUGACCAUGCCCAAGACAUUGUAUCUAGAAAAGCGUACUCGGGAACAAAUCACGGUAAAAAAGAGCGACAAUCGAACUGGUCAGCAUGAACAAAUAUUAAAAAACGUCGCGAAUGUUAACAGUGACUUUUCAAAUCUCUCUAAGGUUACAACAAAAUCGAAUAAAAAUAACUUAUUAAUGAAUGAGAUAAAUAAAAUUAUGGUACCAGCACACUUAAACGUUAAAAAAAAUUACUUUACUGAACCAUUUGCUAUAAUUGAGCCUACCAUGCCAAUGUCGAUUGAUUUACUAAGUAAACCAACUCCUCCCCGUAUUUCUAAUAUAUUUAAUAAAACUGAACAGAGAGUGCACAUGUCUACAGCUGAAUAUAUGCCAAGAGCGGAGUGCGUACACUUUUCACAGAGCUGUGAUGCUACCAAAACAUCUUCAGAGUUACAAAUAAAUGAUAAAAGCGAAGUGGUCUGUGAUAAUAUAACAAUCGAUUUUGAUAAAUUAAAUUGGGAUGAUCCUUAUGCAGUAUCUCAUUACGCAAAGGAUAUUUUCGAUUACCUGAAAGAACGGGAAAAAAAAUUCCCUAUUACAGAUUAUAUGGUAAAACAAAUAAAUCUAUCUAAAUCGCUCCGCUCUCGACUAAUUGACUGGAUGGUUAAAGUGCAAGAGGGAUUUGAUUUAAACGAUGAAACGCUCUAUUUAGCUAUUAAGAUAGUUGAUCUCUAUUUGUGUCGUGUUAUAAUUAAUAAAGAUCAGAUAAUACUGUUAGGUGCCAUUGCACUU